GUGUGUCUCGUCUUGUCCGAGGAGAUCUCCUGCGCGGGCUGGGAAGAGUGGUCGCUGCCUCCCCCACCCUCGCAGCUGCAAGCCGUAAUAUCUGCUGCUCACGCACACGACCGCGCUACUGCCGCGCUCCCUCCCCAAGCAACAGACGCGUACUGGACUGCUCUCUUGCCACUCCGCAGCAUCCGUAUUUUGCAGGGGCGCCGCGUUUGGUCGCGGCGUGCCUCCAGAGGCAAGAACAAGUACUGCACCAAAAAAGCUGUGCACAGCAAGAUGCGCCGCGGCGUCGCAACCCUCCUGCGCACCGUGCGCUGCGCACCGCUGCGCCGGUGCAACACGAACAACGCCAUCCUGAGCGCCCACCGCGAGAACCCCUUCGCGGACGUCGCGCACGCGCACGCGCGGGCGUCGUCGCCGCCGCUCCGGUCGGCCCAGGACAUCGUCGCGGCCUGGCUCGACGCCCCCGCUGACGAGGUCGAGUCCUAUCCCGACGCGGCCGUCGUCGCGGGCUGGCCCGCCGCGGCGCCGCCGCCGUUCCACCACUGGGACGACGCGCCGCCCCUCGCCGGCGACGACGCGCCGGCGCCGGCGCCGCUCCGCGCCAUCAAGCGCACCUUCCAGCCGUCGCUCAUCCGCCGCAAGCGCAAGCACGGCUUCCUCCGGCGGCUCUCGGACCGCCACGGCCGCCGCGUGCUCCAGCGGCGGCGGCUCAAGGGCCGCAAGCGGCUCGCCUCGUAGUCGAUUAUUCGCACCGUCGCAUCAUGUCUAGUUGAACAUACUAAGAAGUAGUAUAUAUACA